GCUCUGGCAACACAGAGAAUGGCGAUGAGACAACCAACAAUAAUGCACUUCUAGAUCGCCACUAUCUGGUAGACAUUGCAAUUCCUCACACGGCCGUGGACACAAUGUUGAAGUCAACCCAUCGGCUCUACGCGCCGUCGACAGCGCAGCAGCCUCCCCUACCACCGGGGUGGACCGAACACAAAGCCCCGACAGGCCAUACAUACUACUACAACGCAGAGACGAAGCAGUCGACCUACACGCGGCCUACUGCUGCCCCCGCAGACGAACCUUUACAAAUCGACUAUGGCGCAACAGAACCGGACCAUGUGGUCCGCGCAUCAAUGCAGGCGAUGGAAGCAUUCCACAAAAACAAUCAGCAUCCAGGAGCACCGGGCCAUUUCACCGGCGGAAGAAGCUACCAGGACCAUUCACGCAGGCGAGGAAACCAAGGCGACCGACCGAAGUCAAAGGCACCCAUCCCGAACUGUGCGCCAUGGGUAUUGGUCAAGACGAAACUUGGAAGAAGAUUCGUGCAUAACACCGAGACCAAACAGAGUCUAUGGAAGUUCCCCCAGGAUGUCAUGAUGGCCGUGAUCGAGAUGGACAGAUUGGAAUGGGAGGCCAAUAAGCGGGCCGAAGAGAGCCAGCAGUCUCGCGACAGUCCAAGCCUGCCUGGGCAGGGCGAAACCACCGACUUGCGUCCCCGAGAUGAUGAAGCCGGAGCAAAAGCGGAGUCGACGACACCAGCAGAUUCAAGCCGAGUUGGACACACCCACAACGAGAAUGACUACGACAGCGACUCCUACGAGGAAGUCGAAGUAACAGACGACGAGGACGAAGAAGGUGCCGGCCAGCCCAAACGGCCUCGUCUUUCAGGAGAAACACCUCCGCCCGGCACCGCCCCCGACGGUCCCGUCGAAUUGACCGAAGACGACAUAGCAUACCAACUCGCCAUGCUGGAAGAAGAUUACGCGGACGACGAUGGAGCCGCGCUCGAAGCAGCCCAAGCUCGAGAACUCGAAGGCGAAGCAGAAGGAGAUGAUGAAGGCCUCCCACUAACAGACACCGACAAUAUAGCUCUCUUCCGCUCCCUACUAGACGAAUCCGGGAUAUCACCAUAUUCCACAUUCGAAAGACUGAUUGAAGAUCUUUCCAUUGUCGAAGACCCACGAUGGGUGUCAUUGCCCAACACGACGCGGCGCAAAGAGGCCUUUGUGGCAUGGUCCAAGGACCGCAUUGCCGAGCUACAGGCGCGCAAGGAGGCCGAACGGCGAUCUCGCGACCCUAGGGUCGAAUAUCUGCGGUUUUUGCAGCGGCAUGCGACGCCCAAAUUGUACUGGCCUGAGUUCAAGCGCAAGUUCAAGAAAGAACCCGAACUGCGCGAUGUGGCUAUGCAGGAUAAGGAAAGAGAGAAGCUGUAUCGUGAGUUCGUCGCAAAGUUGAAGCUGAGCGAUACAGAGAGGAGGAAAGAAUUGGUUUCUUUGCUCAAGAGCGUGGACAAGGGUUCGUUGCAUAGGGAUAUGGAUCUGCGUGAUCUGCCGAAUACUGUCCUAAGGGAUUUGAGGUUCUAUGUCCUUGAUGCAGGGAGGAGGGAUGACUUGGUCAAGACGUUCUUGGAGACACAGCAGUGACAUUGGCACUGAGACUGGUCUAAUGUUGCUUAUAUACUAGUGUGAACCUGGGGGGUUCCAUACCAUAGCAGUUGAAUCCAAGAAACAAAGAGACAAACAUUCAUUAACAUUACGAACCAUUGAACGAGA